CUUCCCGUGGCUCACAAACACUCUGCGACCAGUACUACUCCAUAAGUUUUCAAACAAUGAUCCGCAGUGUCUGAUACAGUGUUAUUUCGAAUUAUUAUGGCGCCCGUUGUGAGAAUUUUAGCUUCUUUGCUCCUGUUUUGGGGGGGUUUGUCGGAAGGAACCGCCGGCCAGUGCACCGUGCCCUACGUGAUCCGCGGACAUGGUUCAGCUUUGAGAAAGGCCGCAACACCAUCACCGACAUCGACCAGACGACGAUGACCGGCCACGGGACCUGCGUCGCCGUCAAGGUCUACCGCCACGACUACAAGGCGUUCCUCUUCAAGGACAUCGAGUGCUACUACUGCGUCCACUUCAACGUGCGCACCGUCAACGUCCUGGAGAAGAGCGAGACCGGCUGCGUGACCUUCCCCACGGGCUACACGCCGUCGCUGGAGGAGGCGUGCAGCGAGAUGGACAAGAACCAGGCGCUCAUCACCAUGUUCAACGAGAACUACGUGCCCAAGAACUGCCGCUCGGCCAUCGAGGGCGUGUGGCACUUCGCUUACCAGAACAGAUUCAGCUUCACCGGCGAGUGCAACCACCCCGAGGCCAGGAUCCAGUCGUGCCAGGAACCCGGUAACCAGUUCCUCAUCGCCAAUCAGAAGUUCAACAUCACCUUCAAGAAGUGCGAAGGAAUCAAGGAGUCCUUCGAAGGAGCCAAGGAGUUCUCGUGUCUCGGCGACUGGUUCGUGGGCAAGAACCACUACUUCGCCGUGGCCAACACGAAGGAGUCUCGGAAGGACGAAAAGUACCGCUGCUUCGUCAGGAACAGGGACGACGACAUUUACAUGGGCCACUCCAUCACCCCAGAGUGCUCGGUCCUGAACACGCCGGAGAACAGUCCCUUCAGGUUCAGGAUGGACCCAGUGAAGCAAGAGACGGUGAACCCCGGGUGCCUCCUGCCGAAGAACUUCAGCGGGGAGUGGGUCAACACCGCCCACACCGAGGCCGACGUCUUCAUCAACCAGACCCACAUCAUCGAGACGACCUACCCUGACGAAGGUCGUUUCAGGAGGACUAUUUACGUGUGCAGGGAACAGAGGGACAACCGGUUCAUGAUGGCCAGGCUCAACAUUGACGGUUGCCAGAAGGACUACGUGUGCUUCGAGUUCGUGCCUCGCCACCACAACAUCAUCCGCUUCAGGAAGGGCAGGGAGAUGAUCAAGGAGGAGUUCUCGACGGUGUGUUCGUAUGUGCAGUUCCAGAGCGGCCGGGAGUGGAACUACGACCUUAUGUUAGCCAAGGACCCGGUGCCCGUCAAGUGCCCAGUGGCUGGCAAGUUCAACUUCACCCAAACCGGAGAGCUGAGAUUCGAGACCCGUAUCCUUGGGGGCGUGACCAAGAGCCCUUGGGAUCACAUCUACUGUCGGGAGAACAUCUCCGAUCUUUCGGUCUGCGACCAAGACCAGAAAGAGAUAUGGAUCGAUGCCCAUUACUGUAUUAGCGUCGACGCCUACGGCAGACAUGUUGAUAUUUAUUCUGACCCAGACUACAAGCUGAAGUGCGUCGGGUACUGGAAGGAGAACCUCAAGUCCUACCUCAUUACCUACGACGAGCUGGAUCCUUACUCCAAGUACAGGUGCUGGGUUUACCAGAGAGCUGACCUGAACAAGAUCCUGAUGUCCCAGAGCGUCGGCCCCUUCUGCAACCUGCAUCAGACGGUGCACGGAACGGGAGGGGGCUCGGCCGUGGCGAUCAAGAUGGUGGAGUACGAGAGAGAACACGACCGAUGCCCCAUGCACUUUGACGACGGCGCCAACCCCUGGCAGGAGCCCGGCAGUCAGAUCCACAAGUUCCGCUUCACAGCUGGCUCGGAAUUCGUCAGCGCCUCCCUCGUCACGAUCCUGCUCAGCUUCGUCGUCAGCUGGCUGCUCUCGAGGAAGCCCUGAGGGGAGUGGAGCGAGGAAGCGAGGAAGCCAGCUGGAGAGACGCCUCGGAGGUGUUCUGCCACAGGAGGUUUCCUUUGCGUGAGAGAUAAGUGAAUGUGGAUGAGGGCGCGGCGAUCCCUCUUUGCAAUACGAUCAGGGGCGAGUGAAAAAGGAAGGAACGGGAAAGAUUAUGUAACGAAAUUAAAUGUUCAUAGUGAUGUCACUGCAUGGACAUACGAAAAUCUAACGAAUCUCUUCAGACACUUGAUCAAAAUCUUAAUUAUUCGUGGAUUCAUUUGCUAAAUCGUAAAUAAAAUUGUGUGCAUGUGUGUGUAUAUAGGCUGAUAACAAAGAUAACUCUCCUGAAUCCCGCUCUUAGGUUUAAAUGUCAGAUAUUUGUUCAAGAAAACACUUUAUAUUGAUACAAGUGUUUUGUUAAUUGUAUAUAAUAUGCGUUCAAUCAAUUACAUUUGAUAUUUUAGUUGUCAUUAUACAGCUGCAGUUAUAAUUUAGUGUACACGUUAGACCACCACACCUUUUUUGAUGAAUUUUGUAUACUUUUUUUGUGAUACAAUACUGUUUUUCUUAAUAUACUUUAUUUGUAUCUUUUUAAUGGAGGACCAAACACGGACCCAGUGACGAAUCUGAUCAUGUUAAAGGUAUAAAGAUAUUAGGAUGUAAUUAACUCACAAAAGUAAUUAGAAUCAAUAUUAGCUUUAUUUACGAGUUAUCUCCGAUGCAGAUCCUUAAAUGGGUUUCACAGCUCUGCAAACUGGGACUGAAUGCUAAUCCGUAAUUCACUAAGUUUCACAUUUUUACUUACUUUUCCAUCCGUCCGAACUGAGUGACCAAUCCUGCCUUUCUGUUUUGGCUUUUUAUCUGUGGAAUAACAGAGAAAAGCGCCGUUCUCUUCCCAGGAGAUGCAUGAGAAGGGAAUGAAAAGUUGCCAAAUUAUAUCUCUGUAUAUUACUCUGUCACAAAACUAUGUACUCACCCUGUACUGAGUGUUUCUUCAUCUGUGUGUACUUUGGAACUGUAUUCCGUCCAGUGGAAGACAUACAAGAAAUAUAUUAUUUUUCUCUACUUUGAAUAAAUGUUUGUUUCAAAUCUG